GCGGUGAUCCGUGACGAUGUCACGUCUUUGCGAAGGAUUGAAGGGGAGUCCGGCAUCGAUCUCUGGAGCGUUAAGAACUCGGCCCAACAAACGCCGCUCCAGCUGGCCAGGGAGCGCAACCGAAAGGAGGUCCUUGCAUUCUUGCAGAGGCCUAAAGCGAAGAUCGCGAACGAAGCCAAAGCCGGAGCCGCCGCUUCACCAUCUUCACAGUUUUCACAGCCGACACUUGACGCUGCCGGAGCAGACUCUGUUGCAGUCUUUCGGGCGGUCAUGAAGGACGAUGCGACCCAGAUACAUGCCUUGGCCGCAGCGGGCAUUGACGUUUUGGCG